UGGCUCCAUUCUCUCUCUCGGUCUCUCUCUUUCUCGCUAAUGUCGUCGAGCCUCAUCGAUCUUAUCAAAUCUGUGCAUCUGCUAAAUGCAUAAAAGCCAGGUUGGCAUCGAUAGACAGAGAGACCCAGAUGGCGUUGAACAAGGCUAAGGAGAUCGUAUCUUCCACCGCGGUGGUCGUCUUUAGCAAAACGUACUGUGGCUACUGCAACAGGGUGAAGCAGCUGUUCACGCAGCUCGGUGCUGCGUACAAAGUCCUCGAACUCGAUGAGGAAAGAGACGGUUCUGAGAUUCAGAUGGCUCUAGCAGAGUGGACGGGGCAAAGGACCGUCCCUAACGUUUUCAUCGGCGGCAAACACAUCGGCGGCUGCGACAAGGUUCUUGAGAUGCACCGAGCGGGAACACUCACGCCCCUGCUCAUGGACGCUGGAGCAAUUGCUAACAACUCAGCACAGCUUAAUAUCAUCUAGUCAUGUCUCUCACUAUUACCACACCGUCCCUGCUGUCACACGAUACACAGAGAUGAGACUCUUGUUCUUGUUCGUCUUCUCGUUUCUGCAUGAUGUAAUAAUUGAUGGAGACCGGUCGCGUUUGAUUCGUAUGUCGUGAAGUUCUAUGAUGAUGUAAUAAAUCCUUAUACACACGUAA